CGAGACGCCCAACACUUCCGGGUAGUAUUGGCGAGCUUAGACAACAAUCAGCAACACCAUACACGAGCGUCCGCCUUCAUUUACUCCUCGGAGACCAGCUUAUGGAGUGAUCGUGUCUCAGCACUGCUUCCAUCCGACGAUUCCAUGCAUUUUAUGAGCUCGCCCGCUGUGCUUGCUGGGGAUUCCCUUUACUGGAUUCUUAUUGGGAAAAUUUCGCGUGUACUUCUCGAGUUUGAUUUGGAUAAGCAGAGCCUAUCUGUGAUGCAUCUGCCACUGGAUAGGUUUGGCUUUUGCCAACCAUGGGACAUCACGGUUAUGCGGGCAGCGGGCGGCGGGCUCGGCUUACUCUUCAUGUCAGGCUUGACUGCCCAGUUAUGGAAGAGCAAUACUGAUUCUGAUGGUGUUGCUUCAUGGGUGUUGGGGAGAACUAUUGAGCUGGACAAGCUACUUCCCCUCAACUUAAAGAGAGAGAAACGGUUCCUAAUGAUUACAGGUUUUUCUGAGUCCAAUAAUGUGGUGUUCCUGGGGUCAGUUGUCAGCCUUUUCACGGUCCAGCUUGACUCGUUGCAGUUCAAGAAAAUUUCCGAAAUCAGAGCGGGGUAUUGGUAUCAUCCAUUUGAAAGUAUCUAUGCUGCAGGUAUCUAGAACUGUAUUCCGGUUGCUGAGAUGCAGGAAUGGGCUUGUUCGCUAAAGGUCCUUCAAUUCUGCUUGGAUAACUUAAUGUGGACCAUCUACAUAGCUUGCACUGGUCAACUGGGAAGUGGAUUUGUAGGACUUGGCCGUUUAGUUUGCCAGCUUCAAUCUAUUAUCUAAUUCUGAACACAGCUAGCCAGCAGAACGAUGAAGAUACAUUGACUUUUCUUCGAUUAAGUAGUACUACUUAACUGGUGGCUCAUUUGCUUUAAGCUUUCCAUACAAGCAGUUGUGUGUGUGUGUCUUCAUCUUUCCACUUUCUGAUAUUUUUAAGUUGUAUCAGAUUGAGAGGUUUGAAUAUCGAAAUUCUGCUUAUGUCCCAUUCGGUGUG